AUGGACCAACAACAAUUGUCAGAAAGGCUAGAAGGAAUUUCAGCAUGUAUUGAAGCGAGUUCCAAAUUAAUUAAUGAAAUUGAACGGAUCUGUGGACAGCUACAAAACAAAAAUAUUUUUGAAUCAAUUCUUAAAUCGGCUGAAAACGUGAAAAUUUUGCAGCAAAUGAAACGCGAAAUUGAAGCAAAUUUUUCACAACACCAAAGUACUUUCUAUAAAUACAAACUUUUAUUAGAGAAAGUUAAAAAUAAUGCAUCUGAAUUGAUUAAGAUAAAAAAUGGCUCGCGUUUUGAAAAAUUUAUAUAUGCACAACCUAUAAGAAAGAAGGUUGAAGAUUCUCUCAAAAAUUAUAAAAGUUUUUACGAAAUAGAAUUGAAUACAAUAAUAUUUAUUAUCAUAAAUAACAAAUACGAAAGGGAUUAUAACAAUUUGAAAAUGAUGGAUGAGAUUUUGAAAGACAUUUCAAAUAUUAAUAUAAACAAAGAUAUAAUCAAAGUUCGUGAAUUAAUUCAGAAUCAACUUAUUCCACCACUCCAUGAAUCUGACAAGAUUCGAUUCCCAAGUAUUGAACCAACCCUAUUGAGUGAUCCCUCUAAUAUAAGCAGUCCAGAUAACCACAUACAAUUGGCUUAUCAAAAGAUUCCUUAUAAAAAAAAGAGUAAUGAUGAGAUUAUUUCUCAUGUUACUAAAGGUGGUAGGGAGGAUUUAAACAUAGAAAGUUCUAACUUUCCAGAAGAAUAUAUAAAAAUUAUUCAAGAAGGUAAAAUAGUGGAAAUUCGCGAUCAGGUGAUUUAUGAUCGUUCUGAACUUCAUAAUGCAGCCAGAAUGUCAACAUACAAAAUUUUAUAUGUUAAGUUUGUUGAUCAUUUUUCAGCAUGUAUAUUUAAAACUCAACCAAAUAUCACUGAAUUGCAUUCUCGAAAAUUUCAAGCAAAAUUAGUGCUUUCUUCAGAAUAUAAAGAUUCCUUUUUGUUAGAAAACCAUAUCGAUUCACCUGCCAUUAAUACAAAAUAUCUCGAAUGGAUGAAUGAUGCAAAUCCUCUUAAAAAUAAUUCUGUUGUAAAGGAUGUUUAUUUAGAAAUACAAAGUCCACAGGUUGAAUUGAUUUUCAGGAAAGAGCUAAUAAAACCCUCUGAAAAAUUAGUCAUUGCUAUUAAAAGCGCAUUAAAUCACCAGAAUCCUUACCGAGAAUUGAUGAAAGUAUUUAAUACUUAUGGAUAUUUUCUGCCCGAGAGAGUUAUACUUGGAUAUAAAUUGUAUGUAAUGUCGAAUUUAAUCACAGAUAAAGAUUCAUCAGAAUCAAAUGUUAGGAAUGAUGAAUGGACAAUAGAUGAUUUUUCAUCAGUAAAAUAUGAAGAAUUCUUUAACAAAUGGGAAGAUCACAUAAAAUCAUACAACUUUAAUUCAUCUUAUUUAAUUUCAAUUGAUGGUGAUAUAGUUACGAGAGAUAAGAUUAAAGAAUGGGCAAAUAAUUGUUUAAAAGACGAUUACAAUUCGUUAAAUAUCAUCAGCUGGAAAAGUUUAUAUCCACUCUAUGAAAUAUUAGAAAAGCCUCUUUGUCAAGAAAUCAAAUUAGUUCUUGGAAACGAUGAUCAGACAAUUAAUUCUAUGAUUAAAGCAAAAGUUCUCAUGACAGGUGUAAUUCCCGUUAAAAAUUCGAUAAACUACUAUCGAGUGAACUUUUCUAAUCAUCUUGAAUCGAAUAAUUAUCAGCUUUAUGGAAAAAUUAUGACACAAGAUGGUAUCCCAAUCAAUAAUAUCGUAGUUAAGUUUAAAUCUAUGAAUAUAUAUGGUUUCUCAGCUACCAUUGAGAGUUUUAAUACUAGUUUCUUACCAUCAGAUUCAAUUUUUAUUACGUCAUUUGUAUUUCCUCAAUUGAACUACGAGCCAUGUUUUAGGGCCGAAAUUAAAAAUUAUGAUGAUGAGGGAAUUGAUGUUACUAUUCAUAUUAAGGAGAGCAAAAUAAUGGAUAAUGAAGAUAAAUUUACGGAUGUGGAAACUACUUUUAAGAGUGAAAUUUCGAGUAAAAUAAUGGAUAAUGAAGAUAAAUUUACGGAUGUGGAAACUACUUUUAAGAGUGAAAUUUCGAGUAAAAUAAUGGAUAAUGAAGAUAAAUUUACGAAUGUGGAAACUACUUUUAAGAGUGAAGUUUCGAGUAAUGAUGACUAUAGCGACGAAACUUCUAACGCAAGUGUUGAAUUAGAAUAUUCAUUUCAAUGGUGUAUUCUUUUUUUAAAAGAUAAGACUGAAGGCGAUAAUAUUGGCACUAACUUGAUCGUGCCAAUAAGUCAUUUGCAGGCAUUAGGACAAAGUAUUAGACAAAGUGGUGACAUGAAAAAUAUAAUUAAUUUAAGCUAUAAUAAGCUUGAUUCUGAAGUAGGAAAAACUUUAUUGAAUGCUUUAAAAAGAAACAAGGUCACAAAUUUGGACUUAAGUUAUAAUAAUAUUAAUAUAGAAAUGGGAAAGGCCCUUGUGGAAGCACUGCAAACAAACACUACACUCACUCAAUUAAAUUUAAAAUCUACUAAAAUUAAGUCGGAAACCGUAAUAGAUUUGGUAAAAAUCUUAAAAAGUAAAAUUCCUCUUAAUGACCUUGAUUUAAGCCAUAUAAAGCUUAAUAGUAAAGCAGGAAUGACGCUAACAAAAGUUUUAGAAAAUAAUGAAACUCUCUCAAAAUUAAAUUUAAGCAAUAAUGAUAUUGAUUUAUCUUUCGGAAAAGCUUUGGUAACUGUCUUAGAAAAGAAUAAAUCUCUUGUUAAUCUGGAUUUAAGUUUUAACAACCUUGAAACUGAAGUAAUAAUGGCAUUGGCUAAAGCCUUAGAAUCAAACAGUAAACUUACCCACUUGAACUUAUGUUCUAUCAAUCCUGAAUUUCGAGCAGAAAUAGCUUUAGCAAAAGCAUUAGAAACAAACAAAACCCUCGUUAGUUUAAACUUGAGUUUAAACAAAAUUGGAUCGUUUGAAGAAAGAAGUUUAAAAGAUCACCUACAAAAAAGUUUUUCAAACUUAACUCGUGAAGAGAAUAUAAUUAAUUGUGUAACAGGAAAGCACUUUAAGAUAGCUUUAGAAAAAAACAAAACCCUUAUUGAUUUAAAUAUAAGUUCAAAUAAUAUUAGUUCAGAAGCGGGAAAAACUUUAAUAGAUGCGCUAAAGCACAAUAAAACUCUACGUAAACUGAAUUUAAGCAAAAAUAAUAUUGGCUCUGAAGCGGGAGAGAGAUUAGCAGGAAUUUUAAAAACAAAUAAAGCUCUUACUACCAUAAAUUUAGGAUCAACUAGAAUUGGACCAAAAACAGUAAUAAAUUUAGCGCAAGAACUAAAAUUUAAUAAAAUUUGCCUUCAUAAGUUAGAUUUAAGCCAUAAUGAUAUAGAUCCUAAAGAAAGUAAGUUAUUGAUUGAAGCUUUAGAAACUAAUACAACUCUCGAAAGAUUAGAUUUAAGCCACAGUUAUAUAAAUUUACAAAAUGGAAAAAAACUAGAGGAAUCUUUAAACAAAAACAAAACUCUUAAGAGACUAAAAUUAAUUAAAUGUAAUAUUAGCUUUGAAGUAGUAAAGGCUUUAGAAAAAGCUUUAAAAUAUAAUAAAACUCUUACUCACUUAGAUCUAAGUUACAAUAACAUGAGUUUUGAUGCAGAGAUAAUCUUGGCAGAAAUUCUAGAAACCAAUAAUGCUCUUACAAAACUAAAUCUAAACUAUAAUGAAUUUAACUUAAAAGCAGGAGAAGCCCUGGCGGGAGCUUUAAGACUAAAUAAUACACUUACACACCUGAGCUUAAAAUCAACCAUAAUUGAACCUGAAACUGGAAUAGCUUUGGUUAAGGCUUUAGAGAUAAAUACAACACUUAUUGAAUUAGACUUAAGCAAUAAUAACCUAGAUUCUGAAGUAGGAAAGCUUUUAGUUAAAUCUUUGGAAAUUAACAAUUCUCUCAAAAAAGUCGACUUAAGCUCUAACUUUACAAAAUUUGAUUCGGAAGUAAUUAAAAAUUUGGAAAAAGUUUCAAAAUCAAAGGUUUUGAGUUUAAAUGUGAUUUUUGAUUUCGAGACAUUAAAAUAG